UGAUUUUGAAUCAGAGUAAGUCCAUCUCUCCACAUUCCACUCUGUUUCUCUCCCAAAGUUGGUUCUCUCUCUAUUUCUGUGUCAACUCAUCUUUCCUUAGCUUCCAAACCAACUUUUUGGUCUCUGAAAGUUGAAAUUUCUUCAACUUAGCUAACUGAACUCAAAAUUCUGGAUUCGCCCAUUUUAGCUUUCACUUCUCUCUGGGCAUUCACUCAAUUCAUGGCUCAAAAACACUUACACGAGCUUCUCAAAGAGGAUCAAGAGCCCUUUCUUCUCACCAAUUUCAUAGCCAACAGACGUGUUCUUAAGCGCCCUUCCCCCAAAUCUCACCUUCUUCACCUCAAUAAACCAAAACCCAUUUCCCAUUUCGCUGAUUUUCCGGCGAGUUUUUGUAAGGGUGCUUGUUUUUUAUCGUUCAAUCAUUCUCCUGAUCUUAGAAACCCUUCGCCGCUCUUUCAAUUUCAGUCUCCGGUGAAGAGUCCUUGCCGGAAUUCCAAUGCUAUGUUCCUCCAUGUUCCGGCUACAACGGCGAGGCUUCUUCUGGAAGCUGCUCUCAGGAUUCAGAAACAGUCAACGCCCGCGAGAUCGAAUGGAUUUGGGCUUUUGGGUUCUUUUCUUAAGCGGUUUACUUAUCGUGGUCGUUCUCGGAAGCGGGAGAUUGACGGUGGUUGUCGGAGAAAUGACCCAUCGACGGCGAAAAUGGCGAUUAAUGAGAACGAAAAUGGGAACGACUCUGUUUCUCGGCAGAGUAAUGUAACGAGCUCGGACUUCUGCGAUAGCCCUUUUCGAUUUGUGCUUCAAUCAAGUCCCUCCGCCGGUCACCGGACGCCGGAAUUUUCUUCUCCGCCAUCUUCUCCGGCUCGAGACGACCAUCAGGUCAAUGACGUAGAGAGCUUGAAGAAAUUGCCUGUUCAGGAUGAGGAGGAAGAGAAAGAACAAAGCAGUCCUGUGUCUGUGUUGGAUCCUCCAUUUGAGGACGACGAAGAGGGUCGCUAUGAGGACGGUGAGGACGACGAUGAUUACAAAAUGGAGCGCAGCUAUGCCAUUGUCCAAAAGGCAAAGCAUCAGCUACUGAAAAAGCUUCGGAGAUUCGAGAGACUAGCAGAGCUAGACCCGGUAGAACUCGAGACAUUUCUACUAAAGGAUGAGGAAGGCAAACUGGACGACGACGGUGAUCAUCUCGAGGAAGAAGAGUGCAAAAGCCAUAACUUCGAUCGGUCUAAUAACGAAAAGGACAUGAAACAACACGGCAUAGAGAGCAAUGUCGAGAGAGUUUACAUGAGAUGGGAUUUGUGGAAAGAGGUGGAGUCGAGCGCCAUCGACGUGAUGGCGGAGGAAGAUUUGAGAGCGGAGGUUGACGUCGGGUGGAAGAGAAAUGGGGAGGAAAGAGGAGACAUAGCCAUAGAAAUAGAGGUUGAGAUCUUCAGGUUGCUGGUGGAGGAAAUGCAAACAGAAGUAGAUUGCUUCAUUAAGUGAUCGAAAUGAUUAAACUCCAUAGAUUAUAUUUAAAUUUGCAUAAAUAAUCUCUAGAUUAUAAAGUAGAUUAGGAAGAGAAUAGGCUUAAGUUUAACUUUACCUCCCUCUUAAGUACAAAGAUAUUAUCCUUCCAUAUAUUAUCAUCCUCUACUUUUUC